AUGGCCGAUUGGCAGUAUCCUCCGAGAAAACCGUCCGCCGCGCCAUUCGCCGCCGCCGCCUUCUUCUUCAUCCAAAAGCUCAGAGAUCACGCGCCGCACUCCCCUCGACUAACCGGAUUCGCGACGCUAGUGAUCUCCAGCGCUAUUUUGCUGUUCCUCAGCGGUCUAACCCUAACCGCGACGUUUCUCGCUCUAAUUUUCUUCAUUCCGUUGAUCCUCAUCUCCAGUCCGAUCUGGAUUCCUCUCAGCAUUCUGAUUUUCAUCUCCGCAACCUUCUUAGCGACGCUUUUCGGAUUUUCUGUCGCAACGGCGACGACGCUGUCCUGGAUCUUCAAGUAUCUCAAAAACGGUUCGAAACGGUUGAAUUCGACGGCGAGGUAUUCCGCAGAUUAUGCUAGGGAACCGCACGGUGAGUAUUUCCAGAGUAAGGCUAAGGAUGCAGCUCCUGGUGCUUGA